AUGUCAACUGGAAAUACAGUCCUAGUCAUCGGCGGCACAGGUGCCCAGGGAAUGCCAGUCGUCAAAGCUUUGGCAUCUGGUUCCAAAUACAACGUCCGAGUCCUAAGCAGAAGCUCUUCAUCGCCAUCGGCAAAAGAACUAAGCGCAAUCCCCGGGGUGACGAUAUUUGAAGGGGAAACUUAUCACGAGCCCACCCUUCGGAAGGCAUUCGAAGGCGUGUCUUAUCUCUUUGCUAAUACCAACGGCUUUGCCAUUGGUGAGAAGGCUGAGAUAUAUUGGGGCAUUCGGCUCUAUGAGCUUGCUCGAGAAUUUCACCUAAAGCAUUUCAUCUAUGCUGGUCUAUAUUAUGCCUCCAAGCUUGGAAACUUUGACCCCAAAUAUCGGACCGGGCAUCUAGAUGGGAAGGGAAAAGUGGUUGACUUUAUCUCUGCUCAGCCAACUACCCCGAUGGCCUGGUCUGUUGUCACGUCAUGCUUAUACGUCGAAGGACUUUCCGAGUUCUUACGGCCUUUGCCGGAUCCUAAAGACCCCGACACGAUGGUCUUCGCAGUACCUCUAGGGGAUGCGAAAUGCCCUCUUAUAUACCUUGAGGACUACGGGUCUUACGUGAGAUGGAGCAUUGAUAAUCCAACCCGGAGUAACGGCCUCGACCUGCAUGUGGGCACGGAGGACAUCGCGUGGAAGGAUCUUGCUGCAGCUUUCACCGCAGUGACAGGCAUCAAGGCGGUUUACAAGGACGUCACUUUGGAUGAAUAUUUCCAAUUGGGAAUCUGGCCAGACCCGGAUGCGAUGAAGGUGGGUCAUUCUGGCCAGCCGGAUGAUCCGACAAUAUUCACGGUGCGGGAAAACUUUUCUGGGUUUUGGAAUACCUGGAAAGAUAAUCUGACGACGAGAGAUUACCAACUGCUGGAUGAGAUUCUACCAACCCGAGUGAAGAGUGUGAGGGAAUGGAUGGAGAAGACUGGAUACACUGGAAAGCCCGUAUCGAUUCUGAAAGGCUAUCAUGACAAGGGUAAAGGAGAUAGACUCUGA